AUGGUUUCAAUUACCCAGCUCACUGGUACUAUCCAAACGAAGUCAACGGGACUCAACCAGCAGGUUCUAGACAAGCUAAAAGUGGAACGCGAGCGGGGUAUUACUGGUAGUAUGAUACACACCGUUCAUGGGAAACAGCACUUGCUCAAUCUCAUUGACACCCCUGGACAUGUUGACUUUGCUUGGGAGGUUUCACGAUCCUUGGCUGCGUGUCAAGGCGCUCUGCUACUGGUAGACUCCUCGCAAGGCGUUCAGGCGCAGUCGAUUUCUGUCUUUCACAUCGCCAAGGAACGAGGAUUGAAGAUCAUCCCUGUCUUGACCAAGAUAGACUUGCCCGCAUCACAGCCAGAACGAAUGGCCGCUCAACUCCAGUCAACUUUUGGCAUUGACCCGAGCGAAAUUCUCCAUAUAUCUGCAAAAACUGGCCAAGGAGUAGAAGCAGUUCUAAGAGCUAUCGUGGAACGCAUACCACCUCCUUCUGGCAACAUAAACUCCCCUCUCAAGGCUUUUAUGUUUGACUCACUAUAUGAUCGCUACAGGGGUGUCAUUUCUCUCGUCAGCGUACAGGAUGGUAUCAUUCAAAAAGGGGAUAGGAUUGCGUCUUGUCAUACCCGAAAGAAAUAUGAGAUCACUGAAGUCGGCGUGAUGCAUCCUGAAGAGGUGCCAACAUCGAGUCUACAGCCUGGACAAGUUGGCUACAUAGCGUGCAACAUGAAAGAAUCCUCUGAAGCUCAUAUCGGAGACACGCUCCAUCGCGUCGGUGUGCUUGUUGAACCUAUGCCUGGAUUCCAGCCAUCUAAGGCUAUGGUCUAUGCCGGUGUGUUCCCAGUGGAUAGCAAUGACUUCAUCAAGCUCGAGGAAUCUAUCAAGAGGCUUACCCUGACGGACAGGAGCGUGACUAUCCAACGCGAGUCCUCUACCGCAUUGGGGCAAGGGUGUCGCCUUGGCUUCCUUGGGACAUUACACAUGGAUGUUUUUCGACAGCGUCUUGAAGAUGAAUAUGACGCAAACAUAAUAAUAACUGCUCCAACUGUCCCAUAUAAAGUCGUAUACAAGGACAAAACGAUUAUGAUCAGCAAUCCUACGGAGUUCCCAGACACAUCAGACACAUCUAGCAAAGUGAAACAAGUGCAAGAACCUGUCGUAAACGCGACUAUCAUUGUGCCUGAAGAGUACAUGGGGGAGAUGAUGAACCUUUGCUUUGCGCACCGUGCCGAGAACCUUGACCACCGUUACCUGGAUUCGGGAAGCACGUCAGAAGCGUCUGCGCGAACCAUCUUGACGUGCACAUUGCCCCUCAGUGAAAUUGUCACAGAUUUCUUUGAUCAACUGAAGAGCCGGAGCUCAGGCUAUGCCAGUUUUGACUAUGAAGAUGGCGGGUACAAAGCUAGCGACCUCGCGAAGAUGGUCUUCCUCCUCAAUGGGAAACCAGUGGAUGCACUCGCUCUUAUAGUCCAUCGAUCGGCUCAACAUGAAGUUGGCAGAAUGUGGGUCAAGAAGCUUCAUAAGGUGAUCCCUCGUCAACUGUUCGAAGUUCCCAUACAGGCUGCAAUUGGCAAGAAAAUUAUUGCUCGCGAGACCUUAUCAGCAAUGCGUGCAGAUGUCACCGCUGGGCUCUAUGGAGGUCACUACGAGCGCAAAAUGAAACAUUUGGAAAAUCAAAAGGAGAGCAAGCGGAAGAUGAAGCGCAUUGGAUCUGUUGACCUCCCCCAAGAAGCUUUCUUCGAUAUAUUAAGCACCAAGAACAAGUGA